AAUAAACUUUUAUGAGACUUUUAUAUGUGCUGAUCUAUAUGUUUCCUGUCGUCACGUGCCAGCCCAUUUCAUGUGAUGAGCGUUUGGGAUGAUUGAGAUGACAACCUUCUCAAACUACUUUGUUGAGAAUGAUUCUAUAAUUUCAGUAGAUCUGUCGGAUAUAUCCAGUUCAUCAUCUGUAUCUGACAGAGCAUGUGUUGUCUGGGGCUGUGUACUGAGUGCUUCUGAGCCCACGGCUGUCUUUAAAGAGGAUGAUGAUGAUCUACUGGAGAACCAGUUGUUUAUCAAAACGAUAUGUCUCAGUGAGAAAGCAAGGGACGAGAUGCACGUGGUGACCGUCUGCGAUGGGGUCGGAAGAUCCAAACCGUUACCCAUUGCCACCUUACGUCACAGUAUGCCAAUGAUCAGUUUUCCUAGUUUGGAGCUUACACCUCCUGUCACGUUUAAAUUGUGCUCGGGAAAAGGACCUGUGUUCAUCUCUGGUCAGCAUAUUGCAUUGAACCCCAUUGAAGUGACAGAGGGGGAGGAGGAAGAGGAUGAUGAAGAUGGUUAACCAAGAUGGAUGUGUGGCUUUAUUUCACGGUCCAAUGAUAAUGAUCAUGUGGGGAGAAUGUGUCAAUGCUUGUUAUUAUAGCCUUACACUGUUUAAUAAACUUCAACAAUUGUAUUAACUAAAAUAUUUUAACGUUAGGCCUAAUAACAAACAAGUCUGUAAAUUAAUAAAGCUA